AUGUGUUCUCUGAAUGACAGUAACUCUGUGGAUGCGGGGGACGUGGCGAGGGAUGAGAGUCUGGCUCGGUUGGAGAUCGCGCUGCUCAGUGUCAUCUUCAUCAGCGCCUCCAUCCUCAACACCUCCCUGUUGCUGGUCCUCCGGCGACAGCGCAAACAGAUGUCCCGGAUGCGCGCCUUUGUCUUCCACCUGUGCCUGGCGGAUCUGGUGGUCGCUUUCUUCCAGGUGUGCCCGCAGCUCAUAUGGGACAUAACAGACAGGUUCGUCGGACCAGACCUGGUGUGCCGCCUGGUGAAGUACCUUCAAGUUCUCGGAAUGUUUUCAUCUACUUACAUGAUCGUUGUGAUGACUGUUGACAGAUACCAAGCUGUCUGCAACCCGAUGGUGAAGUUCCAACGGACAAGCACGAGACUUAACAUCCCUGUGUGCUUGGCGUGGGGGGUUUCUCUGCUUGGCAGCCUGCCACAGAUCUUUAUUUUCGCACAGGUCGAGGUUGCACCUGGUGUGUUUGACUGCUGGGCCGAUUUUAUCCAGCCGUGGGGGCUACAGACUUACAUAACCUGGACCACGCUGGUCAUUUUUAUUUUGCCUGUUAUUACACUUGUUUUUUGUCAAGUGCGCAUCUGCCGAGUCAUCCAGAUCAACCUGCACCAAAAGACUCAGCAGCAGCGCAACGUGGGGCUGCCUCUGCCCUCCAGAGCCAGCGGUGUGGCCGGCAUGUCCAAGGCAAGGGUGAAGACACUGAAAAUGACGGUGGCCAUCGUGCUGGCUUAUAUUGUCUGCUGGGCUCCUUUCUUCACAGUCCAGCUCUGGUCCGCCUGGGACGCGCAUGCACCAAAAGAAACUGCGACUUUCACAAUCCUGAUGUUGCUCGCCAGUCUGAACAGCUGCGCUAAUCCCUGCAUCUACCUUAUGUUCAGCGGCCACCUCCCGAAGAGGCUGAUGAGACUCCUGUGCCAUCGGCAAUCUGACGGCAGGGAUUCAAUCCACGAAGAGGUGACGCUGGUCAGCACACUAUAUAUGAGCUUCAAAAAUGUCUCCGAGUUAAAAUGAAGGCAAUGCGCAACAAUCUGGAUAUAGAAAAAGUGGAGCAGCCGGUGAGCUUUCCCUGCAUUGAAACAACUGUUUCUUCAGAACAGGAGCGACAGAGAUAAAAAAAAAAAAGCACUUAUAUGUCGACAUCCCUGUGUUACAACCUGCCUUAAGGCUGGAACAAAUAGGGAGGCCACACAGAGUUAAAUGCCAAAUAUAUGUUUAUUUAACAUGUUAACAAAAAACACUUCUGAAGAAUAGUGUAAGUAAGAAUCAGACUGUAUAGUGUCAGCAGUGUGUGGGUGUGUGGAAGGGUGUUGUAUUAUGUUGGAGGGUGCAUCAAACCUAACACAGGCUGUAGUCUGAGGUUGCUGCAGCAUGGAGUAUGGACAGUAUGUAAAUAACAUUAUGCCAUCAUAAUUUUAUGACUGUGUUUUUACCUCACAUUUAUUGUAAGCUGUAUUUAAGCUUCAUGAACAUUUAUCUUUUAGACAGAUUCAAUGAUUAGAUGUCAUGCUGUAAGGAUAAAGGAAAUCCGUGUAUUGCA